AUGGAUAACUUGGAAGAUUUGAAAAUUCUGGCGGAGCAAUGGUUUCAUCAAGGAGUUGAAUUUUUUCAACAGAUACCACCGACUCAGCUUUAUGCUGCUAUUGGUGUUCUCUUAUUAACCACAAUCUUGCUCGUAUCUAUUCGCUUGUUCAGACGUACGAAAUCCAAUACUGUACUCCUCUCUGGUCUAAGCGGAAGUGGCAAAACCGUGCUCUUCUAUCAACUGCGAGAUGGAUCUACACACCAGGGUGCUGUAACCUCAAUGGAACCAAACGAAGGCACCUUUGUGCUCCAUACUGAGAACAUUAAGAAAGGAAAGACAAAGCCUGUUCAUCUUGUUGAUGUUCCUGGGCACUCUCGGCUCAGAUCUAAGCUAGAAGAAUACUUGCCUCGAGCAGCCGCUAUUGUCUUUGUAGUAGAUGCACUGGAGUUUCUCCCGAAUUGCCGCGCUGCUUCAGAGUACCUUUAUGACAUUCUGACCAACACGAGCGUCGUUAAGAAUAAGAUCCCUGUCCUGCUUUGUUGUAACAAGACAGAUAAAGUAACUGCACACACCAAAGAGUUCAUCCGCAAGCAGAUGGAGAAAGAAAUAGAGAAACUUCGGGUUUCAAGGAGCGCGGUAUCAUCAGCUGAUAUAGCCAAUGACUUCACACUCGGGAUUGAAGGAGAACUGUUUUCCUUUUUGCAUUGCUACAACAAAGUCACAGUCGCCGAAGCGUCUGGACUAACAGGAGAUACAGAUCAGGUUCAAGAGUUCAUCAGAGAAUACGUUAAACCAUGA